AUGGCCCAUCAUCAAGAUUUGGACAAUGAUGCUAGGCUUGAGAAGGCCGAGGUGACCUAUGCUGAGGAUGUUGUUGCUACACAGGAUCACCAGACCAGCACUUGGGAAUGUGCUCGCAAGAACCCAAAGGCUGUCAUGUGGGCGCUUUAUGCCAAUUUGGGUGCUACCCUCGUCGGUUACGAGAACCUCGCCCUGGCCGUAUGCCUGGCGUUGCCUGCUUUCCAGAUGAAGUUCGCAAGCGAAGUCGACGGACAUCUCAUCAUCCCAGCCUACUGGCAGUCACUAUGGAACGCGACCUAUAACAUCAUGCAACUCUUCGGCUCUCUCACAGCUGGCUUCAUGCAAGACAGACUAGGCCGACGAGCUGUUUUCCUUCUUGGAAUCAUCACUGUCUCUGGUGGUAUCGCCUUGGCCUUUCUUGCUGAAACAUCGGCACAAUUCAUGGGGGCCAAGAUCAUAUCAGGCUUUGCUGUGGGUGCGUUCCAGUCGACGACCCAGACUUACGUGUCUGAGAUUGCGCCCCUUCCUCUACGUGGCAUUGCAUUGUCCCUGAAUAUCCUCAUGAUGAACGUCGGGUUCCUUAUUGCAAUUUUCACGACCUACUCUCGAAUCACCAUCAUGGACGAAUCAGCAUUCCGGGUCGUCUUUGCUGCUGCAUGGGUGUUCCCUGGCGUUCUUGCCCUUGGUCUUCCAUUCCUCCCCCAAUCACCAUACUACCUCGUGAUGAAGAAUAAGCGCGAUGAGGCCUUGAAGCAUAUGGCAAAGCUCUACUCCAAGGACGAAGACCUUGACGCCCGUCUGCGACAUAUGGAAGAGACCAUUCAGGCUGAGCGUCUCAUCUCUUGCGAAAAGGCCACUUUCCUGGAGUGUUUCAAGGGCAGCAACUGGCGUCGUACGCGCAUCAUCUUGAUUUGCAUGUAUAUGCCACAGAUUGUAGGAUCCAGCUUAUCCUCCAACGCUCCCUAUUUCCUUAGUCAAACAGGUCUCAGCAGUGGCUUGAUCGUCAAGCUCAUGCAGAUUGGUCUUGGCGUAUCGAUCUUGUCAUCAGUCGUCAACAUUUACAUGAUGACUCUUUUCCGACAUCGACCGCUGAUGUUCUUUGGAAUGACUAUCUGCGCCCUCAUCUAUCUGAUCAUGGGUGUCGCUGCUUCUUGCCCUCAGUCUAACAAGACUCUGCUUGCAAUUGGCAUUGUCAUGCAGUUCACAUGCCUGUCUUAUGGUCCAGCCAUUGGUUCGAGUCUUGCCGUGGCGGGCGAGGUGUCUGCUUCCAGAUUGCGAGCCAAGUCACAGGGAAUUGCCUUUGGGUUCCAGGCUAUUACCAGCACAGUCUGGGUGACUGUCCUACCCUAUAUGUUCAACAAGGACGAGGGAAACAUGGGGGGUCACAUUGGCUGGGUCUUCUUUGGCAUGACUGUCUUGAUGAUGGUGGCUGUUUACUUUGAUGUUCCUGGAACCAAAGGCAGAACAUUCCAUGAACUUGACAUUAUGUUUGAGAAGAAGAUCCCUGCUCGUCACUUUGAGGCCUACAAGUCCGACUAA